AUGACACCGCACCGUAUCUGCUGGUUUUCCCCGAAUCUCACGGCGCACUGGGAGCUUCUCAAGGGAUCUGAGCGAGUAUCCUUCAUCUGCUUGGUGUGGGAACGCACCUGUGUAACCAACGCCCGGUUGAAGAAGAAGAACGUGACCAGCAUCCAGAAGCCAGCAUUCUGCACUGCGCACCUUUCUCCUGGGGUCUUUGUCUGGGCUGGCUUUGAGCACUUCCUCACCACAGGUGUCCCCUCUACUCGGCAACAUCCUGCCAAGUUCCGAUUUCUGCACUGCACGUUCCUCUACAUGGUCACUUUGGGGAAUAUACUUGAGAAAUUGAGGAUUUGCUCCAUGCCCAGAUUUAUUCAGUUUUUGCACAACCGCGUGAGAAUCAAGAAGGACCCUGGGCUUGUGGUAACCAACCUGCGUUUUGGAACCAUACCCAUGAGGCUGUUCCAGCCCGAGGUGGCCGCCCCCAGCCCGCGGCGAGGCAUCAUCUUCUUCCACGGAGGGGGCACCAUAUUAGGGAGCCUGGACAUGUACCGCACCCUGUGUGGUUUUCUAUCCCAGGAGACCGACUCUGUGCUGCUGUCGGUUGGAGCCUUCACCCCUGUGGUGGAUGGGCAAGAGAGAGUCCAAGGAGGCAUGGGCAUUUCUGCUUCCUUCCGGCAGGUCUGCGGUGUGAUCUGCGGAGACAGUGCUGGGGCAGGGAUUGCGACCUUGACCUCUCAGACCUUGGUGGGCAGAUCCGGUCUUCCUCGGAUCAGGGCCCAGGUCCUGAUUUAUCUCAUCGUCCAACUCAUUAAUUUUCGGCUGCCAUCCUUUCCGCAGAACCAACACGUCCAGUUCCUCACCUGGUUCAUGAUGCGUGUUUAAAUACGUGUUUAUCGACUUCUCUGGUGGGAUGCCAUCUUGAGUGGUGCUUUCAUUCCCCCGGAAGUCUGGAAGAAGUACCGGAAGUGGGUCAGCGCGGACAACGUAUCCAGGAGUUUCAAGAAGACAGACUACCAACCCAUGUUUCCUGCCCCUUUCAAUGAGGCUGCCUAUCUAGAAAACAAUCCCUUGUUGGAUGUGGAACAUACACCCCUCAUAAAGGAUGAAGAGACCAUUGCCCAGCUUCCCGAAGCCUUCCUGGUGAGCUAUGACAUCCUCCGUGAUGACAUCUUGCUCUAUAAGAAGUGCUUGGAGGACCAGGGGGUCCCCGUGACAUGGUACCACGUGGAGGAUGGCUUUCACGGAUCUCUGAUAUUAUGUGAUUGGAAGCCUUUCUCUUUCCCAUGCUCCCUGAAAAUUGUGAAUGCUAUAGUCAGUUGUAUAAAGAGCACACUGUAA